UGGGAUAGGUGCAGCGUAGUAGUUGCUUCCAUUUCCAUUUCCAUUUCCAUUUCCAGCAUGAGUGAGAUUAACCCCAAAACCAAAACCCCUCUUCCACCUUCUUCUUCUUCAAGUGGAGAUCAUGCUUCAACCAAAUUUUCAGGCCACAAAACCCAUAUCAACCCACCAGAAACAUCGAUUCCAGACUCAGCAACCCUAAGAGAUCAAUGGAAGUACGCUAUCAGACAGUACAGUAAAUGGUACUCUCACGCUUGGGGCACUGCAAUUCUUGCUGGAACUGCUUUCUUUGCACUUGGUUGGUUCAUCAAAGGAGAAAAUCCAAUACCCUCUUUCAAUUCCAACCCUAAUUCCUCUCAUCAUGAAAACAAAGAUAAACCUCCCCAACCCCAUUAAAUUUUCAACCUUUCUACUGUUCUUGUCCUGAUACUUCAUUUUCUUCUUCUGGGCAUCAUUCACUGGAAUGAAGCCACACAUAAGAGCUGUUUUUUGCUGACAGUACCUAGAAGGCUCACCUUGAUUGCAAUGCUCUGUGGAAGUUUAAGGUUUUCUUGUUUUGAGAAAACAAUGUUUUUUAUUUCCUGUUUUCACUUUUAGUUACAAGAUAACUCUGUAUUCACUUUGUUUCUUGCUUUUUAAGGUUUGUACAGAAAACUGUAAUAAUUACGAUAGAAGUUGUCCUUGUUUUCAGUCUUUUAA